UCCCAUAACCGGAAGUGGUUCUUGUCAGGCUUGGCUCCACCUGUGGGAGCGAGUGGCUGCUGGUUCUCGGAAACAAGAGCAAAAACAAACGAGAAGAAAAAUAUUGGGAAAAAGUCGCGCGCGAGUAGAAAUGAGGUGGCUAGUUUCGGUGCUUUUGUUCUUUAGCGCAGCAGGUGUGAGCAGCUUCUCUGUCACUACCUCCAAUGCAGAUGUCAAAGUGAAGGAGAAUGCAGGAGCGGACCUGACCUGCACAGUUUCAGCCGACUUUGGUUCAAAUCCCAGAGUUGAGUGGAAAUUCGACAAACUGGGCUCUCAGACGUUUGUGGUUUUUAAUGGAGUGGUUACAGAUCCGUAUGCCAGCCGUGUGACGUUGUACUCCCGCAGUAAUUUGAGAUUCUCCAAAGUGACUCGUGAGGACACUGGAGUGUACACCUGUGAGGCGUCCAGCUCCACUAGUGGAUUACAGAAAGCCACUGUAAAGCUGACGGUAUUGGUGCCACCAUCUGUACCCAUAUGUGGAGUCCCCGAUUCGGUGACGACGGGUAAAUCUGCCACCCUGACCUGUUUUGACCCCGCUGCUUCACCCCCUCCCACAUACAGGUGGUACAAAGAUGGGACCCUCCUGCCCAGUGACCCCAGCAAGUUUGCUGGUUUCCAAAAUGCCACCUACAAACUGGACCCAGCUACUGGGAAACUGGAUUUUCCUUCUGCUGCCAAGAUGGAUUCAGGUCAGUACUACUGUGAGGUCUCCAACGAAGCUGGCCCAACUCAGAAAUGUCAAGCUCGGAGAAUGGAAGUCCGUGACUUGAACACUGGAGGAAUUGUUGCAGGGGUAAUAAUUUUUCUGCUGCUUCUGGGCCUCGUGAUAUUUGGUGUUUGGUAUGCCAAGAAGAAAGGCUAUCUGCCCACAGCAAAGACUGAAGGUAAACACAGGAUGGAUGCAGUCUACCAGCCCACAUCACAUGGUGGGGAUGAUGAUAACGGGGAAUUCAAACAGAAGUCGUCAUUUGUGGUGUAAUCAACAGUCCGCUUACAGACUUGAACUUCCCUGUUUAUUGUGAUUUUUAUAGUUUUUUUGAGUGCUGUUUCUAUACAUAUGAGUGAUGUGCUUUCAGAGUGACAAUUGAUUCAGAUAAUCUGCAGAUUAAAUACUUUUAAUAAGAAAUAAGGGAGUCUGUUUUUUUACAUUUGUCGUGUUGGGCUGAAGCAGCUGCCCAGUGCGUUUCUACUUAUGGAGUUAUUAUUAUUUUGUUUAAUCUAAAUUCUGUAUAUCCAAGGUAAUUGUUUACUAUGAAGAAGAGAGAACAAAACCUCCUAGGACUAUAUAACAAAUGCUGCUAAUUAAAAUACCUUCUCGAGUAGUUGUGCACCAACCAAGAAAUACAUUAUCUGCAGUUAUAACCUUACUUUAAUAUUUAUAACUGCAGUUUAGCUUAAAUGUUAAACUGAUGUGGCUCAGCUCUGUUGGGGUGUUCGUUUUUCUCUGAUGCAUUGUACAAAUUAGUUCUAUUGAAGGGUUAUUUUUGUAAAUAAAGCUGCGUUCACUUAGAAAAUUAUUAGACUUGGUUGUCUCAGCGCUUUUGAUGUUGAUAAAACAUUAUAUGAUAUUGUAAUGUUUUUAUUUUUUACAUUUUGUGCAUACAAAUUGUGUCACUUUUUUGAUUUGCGUAACAUCUUGUUGAAUGCAAUAUGAAAUCUUUUACUUUUUAAAUAGACAAUGAAAUUCACAAAUUUAAAAGCAUGAAUAUUUGUGCAAAAACGUGGGUUGUGUGUUUUUUAGGGAUCAGAUAGAAUAGACAUUUAUAUGAACUCGGUAGUUGUAGUUUCCAAACUCAGAAAUGUUUUUAUACACAUUUUUUUAAAAGUAAUUUGGUUGUAAUGAUUUCAACUGAUGUGAAAAUACACUAACAAUAUUUGAAAACUGCUUUUGUCAUUUCUUUUGUAAACAGGGUAUACUCCAUUAAUAAAAAUAGGUCUUUUGUGUCAAUCUCAAAAUUCACAUACUUGAUUUCAUCAUCUGCAUGAUUUUGAUGUACAGAAGUUCAUGUUGUGUCUCCAUUAAAAUUCAAUCUGUA